UCAGGGCAUACAGUCGCUGCUUUAUGCGAACAAGUACAAGCGGGUACAAAGGCCCUGCUAUUCCUACCUUAUUUCAUUAGGAUUGAUCGGACAAUUGAACAGGGCAAUGGAGCAGAAAUAUCCACACUUCACUUUGAGGACCGUGUUGAGCUUUCUGCUUGUGUUUUUGCUUCACAGAUCAACUCAACAGAUAUGCUCCGUGCCUGGGAAUAUUUUCACUAUUACAGAGAACAAUGAUGUUGGUGCUUUUGUGACCACAAUCACCACAGAAGUUGGAGUGAUCCUAACUAUUACCAGUAAUCCUGCAGACUCUUUCGGUCUGAGUGGCAACAAUCUUAUAGUGGUAAAAGUUAUGGACUAUGAGACUACCACGUCUUUCACCGUUGACCUUCAAUGCAGAAAAGGUGACCAAGUUCUCCCUUUACCAAUAGUGGUACUUAUUGAGAAUGUGAAUGACAACCCGCCAGUAUUUACAGAAAGCCAGUACACUCUCAAUGUCAAUGAGUUGUCACCUGUAGGCACAAGUGUCGGUGCAUUUGUAGCAGUAGACGCAGAUGAUCAUCAACUCUAUUACCGCCUAAUGCCAGAUACAGCGGGUUUUAGACUGCAAGAUAACAGCCCAAAUAUACUAGUGCAACAAGUUCUCGACUACGACACAGUGAAAAUGGUGACACUUACAUUAUUUGCUCAGGAUACCCCAACACCCACACCACCUUCAUUUACUGCCACAGCCACUAUCCAUGUCAACAUCUUGGACAUUGACAACCGUCCACCAUGGUUCCAGCCCUGCACAGAAACCACAGUUGGCUUGUCCAAAAUCUGCCUCAGCUCAGGUUAUACAGGAAAAGUCAACCUAACAGAGCAAGAGGUUGGUGCAUUGCCAUUGCAGCCAGGUCCGGUGCGUGCCAUUGAUGGUGACAAAGGCUUAAAUGUGCCGAUAAUGUACAGUUUUCUAACUGAGAAUGGCAUAUUUGAUAUCAAUCAAAACACUGGGGAGAUCACCAUGUUGAAAGCGGCGGAUGUAGCGGGUCCAUUGACCUUAACAGUUUUGGCUUUACAGACGUCCAACAGCGACCAGUUCGCGACCACAACGGUCACGAUCGUUGUUGUGACCAAGAGUGUGAACCCGCCGCGGUUUGAGAAGACGGAGUACGAGGGCUUCAUCUCUGCAGACGCGGGCAUAGACAGCAUGGUUCUGGAGAGCAAAGCCUCCAACAGGCCACUCAGGGUCCAGGCCAAGGACAAAGACUUUGCUGAUGGCUUCAACCCUGAUGUGAGAUACGAGGUUCAGGAAAGCCGUGGUUUCUCUAUUACCCCGCAAGGCUUCAUCCUCAUGGCUCAAAACCUUGAGCCAGGCCAUGUUUCCUUGCAUUUGCGUGCCAUCGACUCAUUCAAUGCAGAAUCAACUACAGCAACUCUCACGGUGGAGAUCAUGCCAGGGAUUACAACCAUGGCCCCAACCACCACUGACAUGGCCACCACUGACAUGGCCACCACUGACAUGGCUACCACUGACAUGGCCACUACUGAAAUGGCCACCACUGAAAUGGCCACUACUGAAAUGGUCACCACUGAAAUGGCCACCACUGAAAUGGCUACCACUGAAAUGGCUACUGCCACCCCUGCCACCAUCAACUCCACAACAGAGGGGAUUCUUGGGGCCCCAGGUGGGUAUGGUCCUGGGGACAUGGCUGCCCUGGGUGCUAGCAUGGCUGUGUUACUGGUCAUCUCUAUGGUCUUCAUCGGCCUGCUCGUCUUCCGCAUCCAGAAGGGCAAGACAGAUUGGAGGAAGCUGUCAGAGGCCAGCAUCUUCCGUAGCUCUCUUGGGAAAGGUCCCGGCGAGCUCAAGGACGGGGUGCAGUACACCAAUGAGGGCUUCCAGAAUGACGGGGACACCAGCAGCGUGGGCUCCAAAGGCCCAGAGGAGAUGGAUGGGAAGUGGGCCAUCGGGAAUGGAGUGACCUCCAGAGCUGUGGAGGAGACUGUCAUAAAGGUCUCGGCUCCAAUGUACCCCAACCUCCUGCCUGAUACCAGCAGCCUGGCAGGGUCUGACAAGGCCGACAGCGAGAAGGAGGUGAAGCCCAUCCUGACCAAGGAGAGGCGCAUGGAGGAGGGCUACAAGUCAGUCUGGUUCAAAGAGGACAUCGACCCAAACGCCAAGGAGGAAGUGGUCAUCAUACCCGACAAUGGGGAGCGGGAAGGUGACGACGAUGAUGAUGAUGAUGAGGAAGAGGAGGUGUCUAGAGAGGAGGAAGAAGAAUAUGACAACUCGUCACCACAGACCCCAAAGGUGUUCUUCUCUGAUGCUGAUCUGGAUGAUGGACGAGGGGCGAGGUUUGAGGAUGAAAAAAUCCAGACGUCUGACCUGUGAGGAGUAGAGGGGUAGGCCUGCAGUGGAUUUAGCUUGCCUUGUCUGGUUGGGCGGGUGGGGUUUUCAUUUUUUUGCGGGGACUAUCUUACUCUUUCAGUUGUGCCGAGUAAGCUAAAUCUUACACACCUGGGGCCUCAUUUCCACACUAAAUAUCUGCGUGCGCCAUUUCUGAAAAGAAUACGUACGUCUAAAAAUAUUGAGAUUUAUAAACUUGGCGCAUUCCAUACAUACGCAUUUUUGCCGCUAUAAAUCAGACCUGUCGUAAAACUGUGCACACAUGAACAAGCAUUAUAACUCUGUCAGAAAAUGUCCCUCCAUUCACCUUUCAUGGUGACAAUAACGCCUUUUAUUUUCUGUAUCAUUUGGAACUAUUGGAAUUAGGCCACGUAGGUUUCUGAAAGAAAGAGCAAUGGCAAAUUUGAUCACAUUUCUGUAGAGGUGUGGGCAGAAUGUUUUAGUCUUUUAAAGUGACUUUUUCAAACAGAACAUGCAUGCUGCCUAUGCCAAACACUUGAUUGAUUGUAAUUUAUAUUCGGAACAAUUUUACUUUGACAGUAUGGGUAUAGGCUACCGUAUUGCUGUGCGAUGGGAGCGUGACAUCAUAGCCUAUUGAAUCUCAGAGCCUAUACCAAGGCAGGAGAUAGAAACACAAUAAUCUAUUGAUAAACAAAAUAUUGAACAACAAUUAGUAUUUUGCAUAGAACUGUGGGCUGUAUCAUUUUACUUAUAAACUACUGGACUAUUUACUGUGGAAUAGAUUCCUAUGAAUAAAACACAGAUUUUCACUCUUGUCACUAACAGCAAAUGGCUGCAUCUUGUUAUUAUCUUUUUAUGAAUAAACGUGUCAUAAUAGCCCCCAUUUGCACAAAAUACUUUGCCGCGCUCACGUGCUAGUCAGAACUAGGAAACUCUAGUGCACACAUGUUUUGGGGUAUAUUUUGUACGUACGCAACAUUUAUAAAC